AUGCGCGCCGCGCAAUGGCGCUCAAUCAAAGGCGGCAUCGACAAGAAUCUCACUUUCAUCACCGACGCUAAACUACCCAAAAAUACAUCACCGCUUCCGAAAGGACAAACCCUAGUCAAAGUCGCAUACGCAUCAGUCAAUCAUCUUGACUACAAAAUUGCUGAAAUGCCUCUCACGAACUUCAUGUUCUCCAAGCCCGUCACGCCUGGUCUUGACUUCUCUGGCACGAUAGUCUCCACGACACUGGACGAGUUUCAGCCUGGUCAGAGAGUAUUUGGAAGGACAGAGUUACCAACUGGUGGAACUCUUGCGGAGUAUGUUGUUGUUGGCAGCAAGGCAAUGGCAGCGUUGCCGGAUGGUGUUGAGCUUAGAGAUGCGGCCUGUGUUGGGAUUUGUGGGACGACGGCUUUGCAAUGCAUGUCGCCAUUCAUGAAGGCGGACGAUAGGGUCUUUAUUAAUGGUGGCAGUGGAGGGGUUGGUGUUUUCGCGAUUCAGGUUGCGAAAGCUUUAGGAUGUUCUCAUAUCACAGUCACUUGCUCCGCCUCCAACGGCGAGUUCUGCCGGAGCCUUGGUGCCGAUGAGACUAUUGAUUACAAGUCCGAAGACCCGAUUGAAGUUCUCAAAAAGAAAGAAGAUAAGUUCGAUUUCAUUCUCGACACGGUCUUUAAUGAUCCAGAUCUUUAUUGGCAGUCUCAUCAGUAUCUCAAACCCGAGGGGCAGUAUGUCUGCGUCGGCCUGCCACCACGCUUUCAGACCUUCAAAGCCCUCCUCACGAUCAAUCUACUGCCGAGAUGGCUGGGUGGUGGGAAGCGAAAGUUCAAGUAUCACUCUGUGACGGCAAAUAGGAAGGAUUUUGGGCGAGUUGCGGAGUGGAUGAAGGAUGGGAAGGUGAAGGCUGUUAUUGGGGAGGAGUUUGGGUUGGAGGAUGCGGGAAGGGCUUAUGCCAGACUGAAAGAAGGUCGGACAAGAGGGAAGUUGGUCGUCCGUGUUGGAGGUGAAGUUGGUGCUAAUGGACAAGGCAUUGUUCAGGGAGGAUGA